UGCGCAUGCGCAGUACGGGCAUCACUUUGACCACGUAGCUAGUGUGUCAGCUACAUCAGGAGGGUUUGUGGAGAAAUAGCUGUAAUAUAAACAUAUUCACUGCCAGCAAAUUGUAGCAACGGGCCGUUAGAAAUGGCGAGGUACCUGAGGCCUCCUAAUACCUCUCUGUUCGUCAGAAACAUCGCCGACGAGUCCAGAAUGGUAAAGAUACAGUUCUGGAGACCCCACACCAAAGAAAGUUGAAAGGCGGUUGUAGAGUAGAUUCAAGCCAAAGACACCCAGGCGACAAGCAAUAGUGGAAUUUGGAAAAUAAAGAGAGAGCAAAAGCAUGAAGAUACAAAGAGGAGAAAAGAGAGCAUCCAGGCUUCCAUUUGUCUACCAAAGGGAGGAAAAGCAAAGUGUUUAUUGGGCAAAGACAAGCAGGAAACCUCAAGUUCUUCUGCCAAGACAAUAAAGAACAAGCUGAAGGUCAAAGGUCAAGCAUGUUAAAGGUAACAAGCCAAACUUUGUAUGUCCGGGAUGCAGAGGACGCUCUUCACAACCUGGACCGUAAAUGGGUUUGCGGGCGCCAGAUUGAGAUCCAGUUCGCCCAGGGAGACCGCAAGACCCCAAACCAGAUGAAGACUAAGGAGCGGCACUCGCCUCGCAGUUUCUCCCGCUAUGACGACGAUCGGGAUAGCCGCCGUAGACGCUCCCGAAGCCGCAGCUACGAACGUCGCAGGUCCCGCAGCCCCUCUUACGAACGCCGUCCUCGGAGGUCUGAGAGCCCUAAAGACUCUCGGUCCUAUAGUCGACGUAGACGAAGCAGAAGCCAUGAAAAUGACAAGUACAGAGGUCCUCCUCGUGAUCACCACAGGACACACCAUGAGCCAGGCUCACGUAGCCGCUCAGCGUCCCGCUCCCCCUCACCCUCCAGAUCUAGGCCCAAAGGUAAAAAGAGCCAGUCCAGGUCCCACAGCCCAGCUGAAGAUUUCCACCCGACAUCCAGCUCCCAAAAACAGUCCGUAGGGCGAUCUCCGUCCCGAUCCUACUCUAGAUCCAUGUCCCGGUCACGCUCUCGCUCCAGGUCCUGGGCUGGACGCAAGUCUGGAGGCCACUAAACUGUCAGUUCUUCCAAAGCUCUAUUUAUCUGUAUCUGAGGAUGUUUCUGUUCAGCUUUUGACAAUGAUAACUGGAGUGUUACGCUCUAGGUUUGUAUUUGUUUAUCAUCACAUUAUGGAGGAAUCUGUUGCCAAAAGGAAGAGAGCAGCAGGAUCCAGAGAUCAUUUUUAGCAUAAUGAAAAAAAAUGUUUUUGUUGUGAUUCAUGGAAGCACAGUUGAUACCUUUGGAGUUUUACUUGGUUACGUUUUUUGGACUUGUGUACUGUGUGUCACUGAGGGAGGGCAUAAUAUUACGGUUUGGCUCUGCCAAGAGUAUUUUUGUACUUUGAGUUAGCAAUAUUUACAUUCACACAUUUGUUAAUAUGGGGACUGUCUGAGUUUGGUUCUAUGGUUUGUCUGUUAUAUAAACAGUGAUGAAAAUUACAUUUGACGUCAUGCACUGACUUACCAGUAUUUACUUAGUGCCCUGGCCUUGGCCGUGUCUGGUUUCAACAGACAAACUGUGUACUGUAGGAGCCUUUUCUGUAAUUACUGUGGCAAUGGGUGAUAAAUGGAAGGCAGUUGUCCAGCAAUGGACGACAUACGUGUGACAAUAUAUUCAAAAUGAGCUGCAAUCAUUUCUCAUGUACUUUGUUCAGAGAGUGAAACAAAGUCAACUGAGUAUUUUAAGUGUCUUAGUACCAUUUUCCCUGUUUCAGUGUUUUGUUUUGCGUUGUCAAUAAAGAAGUCCAUUAUC